AUGAAAUUAUUUCAUUGUGAUGUUGAUCCUGAUAUGCAAAUUCCAGCAUAUAAUGAUCGAUGUACAAGUGAAGAAAAACCAAUGGGUUUAACAUCUUGUCUAACUGGAGGUAUCAUUGGUGGUCCAAAAACACCUCAGUUUCUUGUACUUGAAGUACAUUUUAAUAAUCCUUAUUUUGAAAAAAGAAACUAUGAUGCCGGUAUUAUGGAAGUUGGACUUGAAUACAAUCCAAAAAAUUCUAUUCCGCCAGGAUCUACUGCAUUCCGUGUUUCUGGUUAUUGUGAUAGUGAAUGUACUCAAAUAGGUUUACCAUCAAAAAAUGGUCGAAUUAUAACACUUAAUAUUGAUCGACAUUAUAGUUCUCAUUUUCAAGAAAUUCGUUUUUUAUUAAAACUAAUUAAAAUUGAACAAGAUGAUACAAUUAUUCAUACAUGUAUUUAUAAUACAGAAAUUCGAACAAAUGUGACAUUUGGUGGAUAUAGUAUUAAUGAUGAGAUAUAUUUUCAUGCUAAAACAAGUAUUGAUCAAAUAAUUUAUGAAAAUUAUAAAUCAAUUCAUUGGACUCCAAUAACAUCAUCUAUACUUCAAAUAUUUUAUGAAGAAGCACCUAUUCAUCUUUCGUGUAAUGGUUCUGAUGGAAAUUACUUACCUAAAUAUAAUUGGCAAAAUGAUUAUUUUUCUCAAGGACCUAAACAACUUGACGUACCACUCGAUAAAGCACAGUGCAAAUGA